GACCCGGAUGUUAGAUCGUAGCCGCAGUUUCGCGAGUACCUGCCGACCCGGAUGUCCUCCCGCUCGCUGUCCACCGGUGAUAGACCACUGAUGUCUUCCUGGCCACCGAAAUAUGUUCAAUCGGAUAGAUGCGAGCAAGUCUACGAAAGGCGCCAGCAAACUACGAAGGGACCUGAUAAACGCCGAAAUCGCGAAUCUACGUGACUUGCUGCCGUUGCCGCCCUCGACACGCCAGAGGCUUUCCCAGCUGCAGCUUAUGGCCUUGGUCUGCGUGUUCCUGCGAAAAGCCAAUUACUUUCAGCAAGCGCUGAAAAACUACCCGUCCGAGUCCUCGAAUAUUCCAACACCCAACAUAGGCUUCUCGAAAUUCGUGCCUCUUUUCCAGGCGAUGUCCGGCUUUAUCAUGAUGAUGACGCAGCAGGGAAAAUUGUUGUACAUAUCGGAAAAUGCGGCGGAUUAUCUCGGGCAUUCCAUGGAGGACCUACUCAUCCACGGGGACAGCGUGUACGACGUGAUCGACAAGCAGGAUCAUAUAGUCGUGCAAAAUCAAUUAUCCAGAAACAGUCCGAUCCCGAGUGACAGGAGGCUCUUUCUCUGUCGAAUCAACGUGUCGAGGAAUUCUCGCAGGCAGCUACGGUUCGGCGAUCAAAAGGUGAUUAAAACGACCGCCGAUUAUUCCCACAUUAUUCAUCCAUUUCCACAACAGGUAGUCCUCGUAGAGGGUCACUUCCUGCCGUUCGUGCCCGUCUGCAACCGCAACGAGUUCGUCUUCCUGGCCUCCUGCACCCCGGUGGUCCUGCCGGAGACUCGAGAGAGCAUCGUCCAGGGCGCGACCAACAUCUUCACCACGAUUCACUCGAUGGACAUGAAGUAUCUGCAUAUCGACAAAACCGCGGAAAGUCAUCUGGAGUACACUCGCGCCGAAUUGCUCAACAUCUCCUGGUACAAUCUGCUUCAUUGGGACUCCAUAAGGACGGCUUACUGCAAACAUCAAACCGUUAUUCAGUCCGAUCAAGAGCGAUCCACUACCGCUCUCCUGAAGCUGCAGAGCCGCUCUGGGAGGUGGUUCUGGGUACAUUGCGUGCUGCAGGUCAAGGAUACCUCCGAUGAGUGCCAGCAUCCUAUCAUUGUUUGCACGAAUCAAGUGCUCACCGACAAGGAGGCGGAAGUAAUGCGCUCCAGUUCGUGGCUGUACCAGUAUUCCUCUCAGACUAAAUUCACCUACGGACUCUGCCCCGGAGGUCAAGGUCGCGGCAUUGCCUACCCUUCCACGGGUCAGGCUGCUAAUCAAACCCAAGAAUACAUUCGGACCUAUUCCAACGAUGGCGACGCUCAGCAUUCGCCAUCCCUUCGUCCGGAUCGGACCGAAACGGAGUCGCACAUCGCCUCGAAGAACGCGCAGAUGGAUUAUCCCGGCAGGCGACUUCUGCGAGACGACACGGAGCCGGUAGACAUGUCGAUAAGCAGCGCGGAUCAGCAAGAGGGUAGGAACGUGCAGGUCACCGAUCAUCAUCAUCAUCAUCAUCAUCAGCAACAGCACACCCUGGACGAUCCGGUCAGGUACCACCACAAGCAGUACCACAAGAGCUCGCUGCAUCUGGCCGGCUAUCGGGCCAAGUUCGUGCAGUGCGGACAAUACGUCGGCGGCGGCUGCGCGGACGUGCUGUCGAUGCCCGGCGCCAAGUAUUACCUUACCGACCUCGAUCGGGACUACUGCUGCGGCCCGGAACGCGGCGGCAACCUGCACGGCAAGCGGCCGUCGACGAAGGCGUUGCUCGCGCCGUCGACGCCGUCGCUGACGGCCGAGUCGGCGGUGCCGCCGCCGCCGGACACCGUCUCCUUGGAGAACUGGGGCGCCAGCCCGGCCUGGUCGGACGCGCUGCAGAGGGUGCCGGACAUGGUGCACCAGGAACUCAGCCCGUACAUCACCACGCCGACCACGCCGGUCAACACGCCCGAUUCCGACACCCUCGGCCACUCGGAGGCGCCCAUCUUCAACUUCGACUGGGCCGGCACCGAGCAGCACGUGCCCAACCUGAAGAUCACCUUCCAUCGCGGCACCGUCGCCACCACCGCCGCCAAUCAGCCCGUAGUCCAGCCUAGGAAACCGCAUCAGGACACGGUGCAACCCAUCACGCUACAGUUACCACGUAGAAAGGGACAAUCUGCGGAGAACGAUAGCAAGGAUUUCUCGAAAUGAGCCCGUACAGCACAACAAGAUUGCAGCAGCAUUGUGGCAACAUUUUAUUGCAAUAUUACAA